GGCCCGGAGCGGCGCUGCCGGGAUGGGAGCGUGAGAGGGGGCGAGCCCGCGGCCGGAGGAGCUGCGGUCUGUCUCCGGGGCUGCUGCCGGCGGGCUCGGACCCGCCAUGGAGCCGGUGACCAGGUGGAGCCCGAAGCAAGUGGUGGACUGGACUAAGGGCCUGGAUGAUUGCCUGCAGCAGUAUGUCCAUAAAUUUGAACGGGAGAAGAUAAAUGGUGAACAGCUGUUACAGAUUUCUCACCAGGACCUCGAAGACUUGGGUAUCUCACGGAUUGGACACCAGGAACUAGUUCUAGAGGCUGUGGAUCUCCUGUGUGCACUGAACUAUGGCCUUGAAACAGACAAUAUGAAGAAUCUGGUUCUCAAGCUGCGAGGGUCAUCCAACAAUCUGCAAAACUACAUCAGCAGCCGUAGGAAAAGUUCAAAUUAUGAUGGAAAUACCUCUCGCAAGCCCCCCAAUGAAUUCCUUACUUCUGUUGUAGAGCUUAUUGGUGCUGCUAAAGCCUUGCUUGCCUGGUUGGACAGGACCCCAUUUACAGGUAUUGCUGACUUUUCAUCAAUGAAGAACAGAAUCAUUCAGCUCUGCUUGGACCUCACUACUACUGUUCAGAAGGAUUGCACUGUGGCUGACAUGGAAGAUAAAGUCCAGACUGUGGCCAAGACUUUAAAUGGCAUUUGUGAUAAAGCCAUCCGAUCGACUACAGACCCCCUGAUGAGCCAGUGUGCGUGUCUGGAGGAGGUCCAUUUAACCAACAUUAAACCUGGGGAGGGCCUGGGAAUGUACAUCAAAUCAACUUAUGAUGGAUUGCAUGUAAUUACUGGAACUACAGAAAACUCUCCUGCUGAUCGCUCCCAGAAGAUUCACGCUGGUGAUGAAGUGAUCCAGGUUAAUCGGCAAACUGUGGUUGGAUGGCAGCUAAAAAAUCUGGUGGCCAAGCUGCGAGAGAAUCCUGCUGGAGUUAGGCUGCUGCUUAAGAAACGUCCUACUGGCUCUUUUCAUUUCACUCCGGCUCCGCUGAAGAACCUGCGCUGGAAACCACCCUUGGUGCAGACCAGCCCUCCACCAGCUUCAGCUCAGUCACCAGAAGGCACGGUGGAUACCUCACUGAAGAAGGAGAAGCCAGCCAUUUUGGAUCUGUACAUACCCCCUCCACCAGCUGUGCCGUACUCUCCUCGAGAUGAAAAGGGGAGCUUUGUGUAUGGAGGAGGCAACAAACGCAGCCAGCCACUACCUGGGUCCAAGGGCGCCGAGUCUCCCAAUUCUUUCCUGGAUCAGGAGAGCCGAAGGCGAAGGUUUACCAUUGCUGAUUCAGACCAGCUGCCUGGGUAUCCCGUGGAAGUAAACAUCCUACCAGCCAAGAUGAGAGAAAAAACACAGUCCUACGGAAAACCUCGUCCUUUGUCAAUGCCUGCUGAUGGAAGCUGGAUAGGAGCUGCAGAGCCCUUCUCUAGGCCACGAGGAUCAGGGAGAAAAGGUGAAGAUGUCCUCUGCAGGUACUUCAGCAAUGAAAGGAUACCCCCAAUCAUUGAGGAAAGCCCUUCCACGCAGCACCCGCUCUCCAGGCCAGUGUCUGACAAGCACUUAGUGAGGGGAACAGAUUAUAUUCGAGGCAGCAGGUGUUUUGUGAAUACAGACCUCCACAACAGUGCAACAAUUCCAUUUCAAGAGGAAGGUGCUAAAAAACCAUCGGUUACAUCAUCCACAAAAUCCUCCUCGGCAGAGCCCUCGCUGCUGGUCAAUUGGAUCACGAGACUGAAAUUGUUGACUCAUUGACUCGUCCGCAGCGCUGUUCCCAAGUGCCUUUGCUCGUUGGUCAGACUGCAGCUGAACUACUACCUUGCAGCUGAACUGAUACACAGUGACUAAUGCGUUAGUCUUUUCCUGGAGAAUCUUACCCUUUUGCCUUUUUGUGUCAUUUUUGAUGGAUCGGGGUGGUUUCAUAGUGCAAGGAGGGAAGAAAUAUAAAGAUCAGGUUCCUCUUCCUGGCCAAAAACUGAAGGCAUUUAUUCCUGUGGAAAUGAGUAAAAUUUCAGUGAGGUAGAGGCCACACAUGACCUGGAAAAUGCUUAAUGACUCAGAGGAAAGCAUUGCGUUACUGUGAAGUCCCGUGGCACUUUAGUUGUCUGAAUGCUCAGAGGCUGGUGCAACUGGCAGGGUGUUAGAGUAUGCAGAGCUCACAGAAGCUGUCACUCUCCUGAGUGGGAAAAUAAGGAGGGAAACAGCAGUUUCGUGCAACUUGGUGAUGCUAUUUCAAGUAUUGCAUGAGAUCUACCUUGUGAGGAAGAAGUGUUACUGUUCUUUCUCUGAUAUCCAGAGUUCCUAUGAAGUCUUAGGAAGAGAGUUCUCUUAUUCAGAGAUUUUAGGAAGUUGGACUAAUUUAAUUAUAAACCAAUCCUACCUUAUAUAUAUAUAAUCUAUUUUAUUGAAGUCACAGUACAAAUAUGGAGCACUGAACAGCUGCAGUGCUCAUCUGUAAAGGUAUAUGGAUUGCUACAACAUGCCAAGGAAAUGCAUCUGUAAGAGGUGGUGAAAGAAUAUAUAGUUUUUCCUUAAUUGUUUAAGAAUGACUUGCUGUUAACCAAAGUAACCUGUUAAAGACAGUCCUGAUGGACUCAUGAGAACUUCUACAGUGGUUCAGUUUUUGAAUGAUGUGUUGUUUUUAUGAAAAAUAUGUGCUAUCAUACACUACAAUUGUAAGACGUCUUGCUAUUUUCUAUAUAGCUCUAAUUUUUACCCCUCCAGAAUUUUAAAAUAGCAUUGGGUAUUUUGGGAGGAAGAUAAAACUUGCUUAACGAAAGAGGAGGAUAUUAAAGAGGUAUUGUUUAAGAAGGAAUGUACAUAAGAUUGUUAGUGUGCAAACAGUUGUGUUUAAAGUUAUUUAAAUGUUAAAUAUAGUUGUAUAUAUUUUUACAUUUAAACGGAUAGAGUUUGUACCUUCCUGUAUUGAGGUAUUUGGCACAGCUUAGUCAAAUGAAAAGAAAAUAAGAUUUUGUAUUACCUUCUAAUUAUAAGACUAACUAUUUUUGUAGAUGAUACAUUGCCAACAGCCUCUACUCCUUUGGUCUUGCUGAAAAGAAGGAUUUAUAUUCAGUAAUCGGUGGGGAAAGAGGGAAGUUAAAUGCCAGUUUGCACUUAGGGGCAGUAAUCACAUGUGAUAACAGGAUGUUAAAAACACACUAAUUCUGUCUGUGAAGAUGUCACUAUUCUACUGCAACGAGCUGAUGAAGUUGUGCUACAGCCCAGCAGAGACUGACAGGGUAUUUAAUUCACUUCUCAAUUAAUUAAAUUUGACUGAGACUCACUAAUGACUGGAGAGGCUGGUUUGGACCUUUCUGAUCAAAGCAGAUAUGUCUGUCUUCUGCCACUCUCCUCCACUCUCUGAGAUGGCAGUCUGUACAAGAGACAUGGACUGCUGCUGUGCAGUUCAACCCAAACAGCAGUUUGGUCCUGCCUCCAAGAAAAGGGCUGAAACUGCUGUGUUGAAGGCUCUGUGGUGUAGUAUAGUGCAGCCUCCAAAGCGCUCAACUGUUCUAAAGGUGUUGUCUAAACAAGGCUUUUAAAAUAGAAAUUCUGCUCAUCUUCAUUGUCGUGUUUUCUGUGCUUUAAAAAUGAAUGGAGACCAUCAUACUUCACCUCUUAUUGUAUAUAAUGAAUAUAGAGGAUGCUCUACAGCUUAGGGUUAAAAAAAGUCCCACAGAUCUAGGAGUAAACCACAGCUGAUAUCUUUCUGGCUUAACCUGCAAAAAAUUCUGCUAUUAUGCAAAAAUUUGGCUCAUCUCUUAAUGUUGAAGGUACGUGUAUCUAUCAGAUGAAAAACUAUCUAGGCUACCUUCGUAAUGAGUACUGUGUAUGUUUCCAGAUACCCUGCCAUGGUGCAGUACUCCACAAUACUCUGAAUACACUGUCGUGGUGGCAAAACAGUGCAGUUCAUUAGUAAGGAUCAUUAACCCCACAAAAAAUGGAAAAUAAUAUUUAGUGCUCAUGCAUAUAUUGUGAGGUUCAUGCACUUUUGAAAUAUUGAGCAGGCUUCUGUUGUAGUCUGUAGAAAAUGUAAAAGCCAGUACCUUUGCUUUCUCUUACAUAACUUGCAAAAAAAAAAAAAAAAAAGUCAGAUUUUGGAUGGUAAUGUGUGAGAGGAAA